CCACCUGCUUCUGCUUCUUGUGGCGUCUGCGUCGUCUGCAAUCCGCACGAUGACGACCGAGCUCGCUGUGAAACGUUCUCCUCGGGAUAUUUUUCUUCAUCGUUAGUUGAGAUUUUCGGUAUGCCAUGGAGAAAAUCCCGUCACUGCACGUAUGGGUGAAAAGGUGGGCCAGGAUGCUGUCACUGUGACCGGUUCAAGAUGGGUUUCCGACUCUUGCUAUGCCCCUGACAGUGACCGCACAUUUCAUCCACAUUGGUAUUCUCGGAUAAAGUGUCACAAUGUCUUUUUGCAAUGAAAGCCUGCUGGAAGAAUGUAACUUGGUGGAGCCGGACGACACCUUUCAGGGCACAACUAGCCCCCCAUCCGAACCUGGAACUCCUCUCAUAUCGGUCACCCUGCGUGUAACUCUGGCCGCCAUCAUGAUCUUCAUGAUCACCAUUGGUUUCCUGGGCAACUCCAUCGUGUGUUUGAUUGUCUACCAGAAGCCGGCCAUGCGCUCCGCCAUUAACCUGUUGCUCGCCACGCUGGCCUUCUCCGACAUCAUGCUCUCGCUCCUUUGCAUGCCCUUCACCGCCGUCACGCUGGGAAGCGCCGACUGGAGCUUUGGGAGCGGAUUUUGCCGCGCCUCCAUCAUGCUCUAUUGGCUCUUUGUCCUGGAGGGCGUGUCCAUACUGCUCAUCAUCAGCGUGGAUCGCUUCCUCAUCAUCGUGCAGCGUCAGGACAAGUUGACCCCACACAGGGCCAAGGUUUUGAUCGCGGGCUCGUGGCUGCUUAGCCUCUGCGUGUCCUUACCGUCCAUCGUUGGCUGGAGGACGGGCACGGCGGGAGUAGGCGACGUCUGGGUGCCGCAAUGCGUGCUGGGAUACAGCGAGUCCGUGGCCGACCGCGCUUACACCGUCCUCCUGGCGGUGGCGGUCUUCUUUGCCCCCUUUUCGGUCAUGCUCUAUUCAUACAUGUGUAUCCUGAACACGGUGCGCCGCAACACCCUGCGCGUCCACAGCCACGCCAGCGAGCCCUCCUGCUUGCCGGCCCUCAACCAAGUCAGCAAAAUGAGACUCAUCGGGCUGCAGAGACCCCCGCAGAUUAAAGUGGACAUGAGCUUCAAGACCCGCGCCUUCACGACCAUCCUGAUCCUCUUUGUGGGCUUCUCCGUGUGCUGGCUGCCCUACACCGUGGUCAGCCUGCUGGCUGUCUUCAGCCGCCAGUUCUACUACAGCCCCGCUUUCUACCCAAUCAGUAUAGGCGCCCUGUGGCUCAGCUACCUGAAGACGGUUUUCAACCCCAUCAUUUACUGUUGGAGGAUCCGAAAGUUCCGGGAAGCCUGCCAGGAGUUUGUUCCCAAGAGCUGCCGCCUGUGUCCCAGGAUGGGCAGCCGCAGCCGAAGAAGAGUGCGACCCAGCAACAUCUACGUCUGUAGCGAGACUCAGUCGGCUGUGUGAAGGACACAAAAUGACGUGGGAUUCUGGCGGCGAUCUUUUGUUUUUGUCUCAGAUCAAUGUACGUGUGCAACGACCAAUGCGGACCGAAACAUUUUUGACUGGUUUAUGUCGUUCAAAUAAAAUUGUUCGGAUGUACUGCCAAGCAGUUUGAACGUAUCGGCCAAGUCAACGUAUCAGUGGGGCGGAGGCCACUGAUGCCCAUGAGCAAGUCAGCCCAUGAAAUGAUACGUGAACGAGGUAAUGACUUGCACAUUUGCGAUUGUGUGCGUGCGCAAAUGACAUCAAAUGUUUAUAGCGUGGAGCCUACCUUUCACCACGAUAUUCGAACGACUUAACCAAACACGUUCAAACGACUUUGCCAGGACAUUCGGACGACUUUGCAGUAUGUUCAGAUGUCACAGGCCAGUAGAAAAAAAACAAACG